AUGAAGUCCACGACGCGGUGCUCUCAGCAUCUCGCGGUUUGGGAAGGUCAACCUAAGAAUCGCGAUGUCUUCCUUUGUCACAAAGCUCCCAAGGAUGUGGUAGAGUCUAUUAAGACAGUGUACGAGACUAAAGGGAAGGCGAAAGAGGACAAGGGGAAGGCAACCGCCGCGGCGAUGGAGGCGAUUAGUGGUGGGUUCGGUCCUAGUGGGAAGAGGAAAUUUUUAGACUAUUAUGGCGGCGAUGCGGCGGUGGCAAAAGCUAAGGCCGAUGAGUCGCUCUGCCUCUUCUUCACUGGCCUUCGUAUUCCCGAGCACCAUGCGGAUCACCCGCUCUUCCGCAACAUGUUGAGGGCGGUGGCUAAGGCAGGCCCCGGCUACGUCCCCCCCGGCCGCAAGUACGUUGGCGGCGCCGACCUCCAGCAGUGCCGCAUUCGGAUCGAGGAGGGGUUAGGGCCCAUAAAAAAGAUUUGGGGGAAGCAGGGUGUCACCAUUGCGAGCGACAUGAUGACCGAUCGCAACGAGCGCGCACAGGCGAACGUGCUCCUGAUCAAUGACAAUGGGGCGAUGUUUACCGAGAGCAUCAACUGUGGGAAGGAUCGGAAGACAGGCAUCAACAUUGUGGACAUGUUACGGCCCAUCGUGGAGGAGCUCGGGCCCCAGAAUGUUGUGGCGCUGUGCACGGAUGGGGGGAGCAACUACCGCUCGGUGUGUCGGAAGUUGGGCGAAGAAGCUUGUGGACAGGGGGAACGACAUGAUAAACUUCUUGCGCAAGCAUCAUUGGACCCGCACGAUGUUGAGGGACCCGAGCUGCCUGGGGGUAAGGUGCUGCAGGCGUUGCGUCCAGCAGGGACUCGCUUUGGCACUCAGUACAUUGCGAUGUCGAGGUUGUGCGAGUUGGGGCAGAAGCUGAUUGUGCUCGUGACGGGCGACCUGUGGAAGGGGUGGGCGGUGGGGGACAGGGAGGAGGGAGCCGAGAAGUUUGCAAAGGAGGUGAUUGAUCCGGCUUGGUGGAAGUCUGCUGCCUUCUUUGUGAAGCUGCUGCAACGGCCCUAUCAGGUGAUGCGCAUGACGGAUUCGAGUAGACCUGGGAUGAUGGGCCGCAUGUACGACCUCAUGCUGCAGCUGAUGGAAGAUAUGGAGAAGGUGUUGGAUGCGGAUGAGCAGCAGCUGAGCAGGGCGGAAAAGUUGCGGAUCUCACGCAUUUUGAAGGACCGCUGGGACAACAGCCUCGCGUGUGCCAUGCAUGUGGCUGGCCAGAUCUUGAACCCGCUUAAGCAGAACGAGGAAAUAUUCGGGGUCGAUGUGGAGUGCACCAAUGUCUUUAAGGAGUUCAUUGCGCGCGCCCAAGACUUUUACAAGAAGUAUCCCGCCAUGAGUGGAGUGGUGGGGAGGGAGGUGGAUUUGGAGGCGGCUGUGACGGCGUACUUGGAGUCGAGGGGGAGUUGUGGGAUGCCAAAGGCUAUGGAGGCCCGGGAGAAGGUGAAGCAAGGGAAGCAGACGAUGGAGCAGUGGUGGAUGUGGCAUUGCACUGAGUGGCCCGAGCUGGCGCGCCUUGCACGUCGUGUUCUGUCCCAGCCCGGGUAUGUCGUGGAGGACGAGGAGGAGGAGGAGGAGGCGGAUGAGGCGGAUCCGAAGGUGCUCGAGGACGAGUACGAGGAGUACCCGAAGAAGCCGUAG